AUACGGGUUUGUUCAUGUGGGAGUUCACAACAAAGGCUUUGUGCAAGCGUCGAGAGAUGCGUGGCAAGAGUUUAGGAGAACGGUUGGGUUGGAGGAGCUCGUGGAUGCUGACCUCACUAGCUCCAUCUGCUUCCUCAGCGCCUUUGGAAUAGGAGCGAUAUCUGCGUUGACUGCUGGUAUAUGGGAGCUUAAUAUCCAUGAGGACUACUUCUUUCAGAUGACUCUCUAUGCAUUCAUCAUCGGAUACUUUGUGGGGAGAGUUUCGUCUGCUUGGUUGCAAGCAUGUGUUAUGGCUUACUUUGUAGCUUAUGCUGCCAAUCCAGAAGGAGCUAACUUUGACAACACGAUUCCAGAACGUAUUGCGCGGCAAAAUGUAGAAGAGAAUAAAAGUUUAGCUGAUAAUGAAGUGAGACAGACGGAGGAGGAACAGGAGAUAACAUACAUGUAGAGAUGCGGAAGAAUAUAUCCACUUAGUAUAGAAACAUACCACUUUUGUUUACUUUUCGAUUUCUUGAAGCUCUUUCAACCUUAUAGACUUUGUAGAUUGGAUAUUGUUUAGCCUCACACAGCUAGAGAAGGAAUGUACAUACAAAAAGUAAGACAAAAAUUGAUUCA